AUGGCAUUGAAUAACUCCAAAACCGCGGACGGCAAGUCCGCCGAUUUGGCCAAGGACACCGUCGAUGGCCACGCCAACCAGCACAUGACUACAGACUAUGGCAUUAAGAUCUCAGACCCAGACCACUGGCUCCGAGUUGCCGAUGAGAAGCGGACCGGACCAGGGCUUCUGGAAGAUCAAAUUGCGCGCGAGAAGAUUAUGCGCUUUGAUCACGAGCGCAUUCCCGAGCGAGUCGUGCACGCUCGUGGCACAGGUGCCUUCGGCACCUUCAAACUAUACGAGAGUGCGGAGGACGUAACGACGGCCGGUAUCUUGACAGAUACCACUCGGUCGACGCCUUUGUUCGUGCGCUUCUCGACUGUGCAGGGUAGUAAGGGCAGCGCGGAUACAGUUCGUGAUGUGCGCGGGUUCGCUGUCAAGAUGUAUACGUCUGAAGGAAACUGGGAUAUUGUUGGCAAUAACAUUCCGGUUUUCUUCAUUCAGGAUUCGAUCAAAUUCCCAGAUGUUAUCCAUGCCGUGAAGCCUGAGCCGCAUAAUGAGGUGCCGCAGGGUCAGAGUGCGCAUAAUAAUUUCUGGGAUUUCCAGUAUCUGCAUUCUGAGGUGACCCAUAUGAAUCAGUGGAUUAUGUCUGAUCGUGCUAUUCCCCGGUCAUACCGGAUGAUGCAGGGUUUCGGUGUGAACACCUAUUCUCUGAUUAAUAAGGAGGGAAAGCGUCAUUUCGUCAAGUUCCACUUCACCCCCGAGCUGGGUGUGCAUUCGCUCGUCUGGGAUGAGGCGUUGAAGAUCGGCGGCCAGGAUCCCGACUUCCACCGCAAGGAUCUCAUGGACGCCAUCGAAGCCGGCCACUUCCCGCGCUGGAAGUUCGGUCUCCAGCUUAUUCCCGAGGAGAAGCUCGAUGACUUCGAGUUUGACCCUCUGGAUGCUACCAAGGUCUGGCCCGAAGAGCUCGUUCCUAUUCGCUACAUUGGCGAGAUGGAAUUGAACCGCAAUAUCGACGAGUUCUUCCCCCAAACUGAGCAGGUUGCUUUCUGUACUAGCCACAUCGUACCUGGUAUCGAUUUCUCCGACGAUCCGUUGCUGCAGGGCCGCAACUUCUCAUACUUCGAUACACAGCUCUCACGUCUCGGUCCUAACUGGCAAGAAUUGCCCAUUAACCGGCCUGUUUGUCCAUACAUGAGUCUGGUGAACCGCGAUGGCCAGGGCAGACAUCGCAUAACCAAGGGUACAGUCAAUUACUGGCCGAACCGGUUUGACGCAAACCCACCUGCAACGGCAGCCGAGGGCGGCUUCGUCAGUUACCCACAGAAGGUGGAGGGAGCCAAGAAGCGCGCCUUGUCGGACAAGUUCAAAGAGCACUUCAACCAAGCGCAAGUGUUUUACAACUCGCUCUCGGCUAUUGAAAAGAUGCACGUCACAAAGGCCUUUUCUUUCGAACUUGAUCACUGCGACGAUCCAGUCGUCUACAAGCGCAUGACAGAGCGCCUGGCCUCAAUCGAUCUCGACCUAGCCAAGGCAGUUGCGACAAACGUUGGCGGUGACACGCCCACCAAAGCCCUCAAAGAAAACAAAGGAAUCAAAGCAAAGGGUCUCAGCCAGCUAGAAUACAUGCCCGAGAAGCCGACUAUCGAGACGCGUCGCAUCUCAAUCCUCCUAGCCGACGGUUUCGACUACAACCAGUAUGCGACGAUGAAAGAAGUGCUACAAGCACAAGGUGCAUUCGUCUUCACGAUCGGCGCGCAGCGACAAGGUGUGACAUCUGAGUCUGGACAGACUGUUGUACCAGACCACUUCUUCGUGGGUAUGCGAUCGACACUCUUUGAUGCUGUGUAUGUUCCCGGUGGCAAGCAUGUGCAAGCGCUGGCCAAGAACGGUGUAGCGAAGCACUGGAUUGCAGAGUCAUUCUCUCAUCUCAAGGCAAUUGCGGGAUCCAACGAGGCUGUGCCAUUUAUUCAGCGCCAGAUCAAUCUUCCUGAGGUUGAGGUCGCGCAGAGUGGAGCUUCCUUGAAGGAGUCGUAUGGUGUUGUUACUGGGUAUGGAGAUGCCGCGUCGUUGUUGAAGGUUGGGAAGAUUGCAGGUGAUGCCAAGGGGUUGGCGGAACAGUUUAUCUGGCAUGUUUCGCAACACCGAAACUGGGCACGUGAGUUGGAUGGAUUAUCUGAUCAGAUUGCUGCUUAA